AUGGCACAUUUGUCCUAUUUUUCCCCUGCUCUUGCAAAUCAAAGGUCAUCAAAGGUCAGCGUUGGGCCUGCGGAGAGCUGGAGUUCGGAUCUGUCCAGAGACUCGUGUGAAUACUAUCAGACGGAGAUAUUUGGCCUGUUGCCGAGCUCACAGGCUCAUCGGCGGCUUCACGCAGAAACCCUCGCAGAUGAUCAGGAUCAGAGUCUGCUGGACAGAGUCUCCUGGAACCCCAGCGUCCCGCUCCGAGACCUGCCCGUCUGUCUGCAGGACAAGAGAGACAUCCGAGAGCGGCAGCCCCUGCAGAGAUGCAGCAUUGGCUACUGGGACUCGUGGAGGCGGAGCCAGCAGAAAACAAGGCGGCGCUUAAAGGAGCAUGUGGGCGGGGCUGUAUCAGGACUGUUGCCAUGGAGACACACGCUCCAUAAGAUCGAAGGUGACUGUAGCUAUGCUUCCAUCCAAAGUUACGAAUUAAACUUGUGCACAAAAUUGGAAUAUCCCAUAAAACAUUUGCGAAUAAAGCACUGCUUCCAUCCAGGGAUUGUGUUGAAACAACCCAGCAUGUUUGAGAGUGCAGCAGAGAGUGGACAGCGAGUGGACACAAAGCCCCGCGCUAGCAGACAGCAGCUGCCGCGCGUCCCGCUCCGAGACCUGCCCGUCUGUCUGCAGGACAAGAGAGACAUCCGAGAGCGGCAGCCCCUGCAGAGAUGCAGCAUUGGCUACUGGGACUCGUGGAGGCGGAGCCAGCAGAAAACAAGGCGGCGCUUAAAGGAGCAUGUGGGCGGGGCUGUAUCAGGACUGUUGCCAUGGAGACACACGCUCCAUAAGAUCGAAGGUCAGUUUGGGGUCGGGGUGAAGGCGUACUUCGUGUUCCUGCGUUACCUGCUGUGUCUGAACCUGCUGUACUGCGUCAUUAUCGCCGGAUCGGUGCUGACGCCAACGCUGGUGUUCGCACAGAACUCAAGUACUCACGGAUCUCUGGGAUUCCAGAACUUCUCAUUCAAAGACUUUUUUGUCGGAUCGGGUGUUCUUGAAUCCUCCCCGGUGUUUCAUAGUUUCUACACUCGUGGGUCUCUUGAUUUGGAUUGUUUAAACACUCCGAUCCUCUUUCUCCUUGGCAUGUUCUCUGUCCUCUUCCUCAGCAUCAUCAUGGUGGUCCGCAGGACAGUGGUCGGCUACAAACAUUCAUGGCUCACAGGAAAUCGCUUCAAUUCCAACUUGAGUUACAAGGUUUUCUGUGGGUGGGAUUUCUGCAUCCAGAACCCUCAAGCAGCGUCACUGAAACAAAACUUCGUCCGAAACGAACUCAGGAUGGAUCUAGAAGAGCAGACGUUUCAACAGAGAGUCCAGCAGCGAUCGCUCAGACACUGGGUUCAGCUCAUCUUCCUGCGGAUCCUUCUGAACGUCCUCGUGCUGGUUCUUCUGGGCAGCUCAUUCAUUCUGAUACAUUUUGCCAUCCAAACGUCACAAACUAAGUGUGAGAAUCAUUGGACUUUGUGUCUGAUGUUGGAGUAUCUUCCUCCGAUCACAAUGACGACAGUAAACUACAUACUUCCACAUGUUUUCAGUAAGAUCUCAGAGUUUGAAGAUUACUCGCUCACCAUUCAGCUGAACCUCACACUAAUCAGGAGUAUUUUCCUAAAGUUGGCGUCUUUGGGCAUCUAUCUGUUCUUCUUCAUUAAUGCUCAAGAAUCUCCAGAACAACACAAGUGCAGAGAGAAUGCGUUUGGGAAGGAGAUGUACAAACUCACCAUCUUUAACCUCCUGGAGUGUUUCUUCAAUGCAUUUUGUGUGGCCUACCCAAGAAUGUUAUUGGUGGAGAGGUUUCCAUCCUCAAAGCUGGCGCAGUUAUUAGGCAAGAAGCAGUUUGAGAUCUCCUUCAAUGUUCUGGAUCUGGUCAACAGUCAGACAGUCACGUGGGUCGGCGUGUUUUACUGUCCUCUACUGCCAGCCAUCAACACCAUCAGGCUGCUGCUCCUCUUCUACGUCAAGAAGUUCACAGUGGUGCGGUGUUCUGUUCCGGCUCAGAGAAUGUUUCGGACCGCCAGUUCAUCUGUUCUCUUCCAUUUCAUGCUGUUGUUGGGACUCUUCAUGGCUGUGGUCACAUUAGUUGUCAAUAUCAACAGGUUUGAUCAGGGUGGCUGUGGCCCGUUUGAAGGCAACAGAACCGUGUUUACUGUGACCAGUGUGUGUAUAAAGACGCUUCCCGAUCCGGUCCAGAGCACCAUCAGCUACAUCUCAUCUGAGGCCUUCGCCUUCACUCUCAUACUGGCUGAAGUUGUCAUACUGACGUCGUACGUGUCUCGUGGACGAGCGAAUCGUAAAGCCAUCGAGCGACUGAAGGACAUGUUGGUGAUGUGCAGCUCUGAUAAACGCUUCCUGGUGAAGCAGCACUCGACGAUCAUGAGACGACAGCAGAGAACACGCUAACAUCACGUAAAAAAAAAAAACAAUAAAA